GGAAUUAGUAUGUCAGUCCAGUUAACGGGGGAGCCGUUGUGUUUUACAUAAUACUUAUAUAUUUGCUGGUUUAGCUAAACGGCUAGCAACUUGAGUCAACUGCAAAGGUUAGCGUGUUAGCUGCUACAUGUCAUCGGGCUAUUUCGCAUGGUGUUAACGUGACUGUAUCCGCGACACACGUAGCUAAGUUACCACAGUAGCCUCUCCCUGGUCUGGAGCAGUGAGUCCUAAAAAGAAACAUUGUGGCUGUGGUCUGCUGUUCAGUGUUGCUUAGAAAGCUAUAGCCGGCACCAUGGCGUUGUCGUACAAGAAGGAUCUGGACAAAUACAAGGAUCUUGACGAAGAUGAAAUCCUCAACAAACUGUCGGCGGAGGAGCUCAAACAGCUGGAGACGGCCCUCGAGGAGAUAGACCCUGAGAAUGCUCUUCUGCCAGCAGGCUUACGCCAGAAGGACCAGACGACUAAGAAAGCAACAGGAACAUUUGACAGAGAGAGCCUCCUCAAAUACCUGGAGAAGGAAGCCAUGGAGUACAAGGACAGAGAUGAUGUAGUGCCCUUCACUGGAGAGAAAAAAGGUAAAAUAUUUGUUCCUAAGCAGAAACCAGUGGAAACACGCCAGGAGGAAGCCACAACCCUUGAUCCAGAAUUAGAGGAAGCCCUGUCCAGUGCCACAGAUACAGAGCUGUGUGAUCUAGCAGCGAUCCUGGGUGUUCACACACUGGUCACCAGUAGUCAGACAUACGAUGGGACUGGAAGUAAAGAGGGCUACAACAAUGUGAUCAAAGGGGAGAAGAUGAAUCCAGUGUUUGAUGAGCCUCCAAAUCCCACUAAUGUAGAAGAAACUCUGCAGAGGAUAAAAAGCAAUGACAGCUCAUUAACAGAAGUCAACCUCAACAACAUUAAGAACAUUCCAAUUCCCACUCUGAAGGAAUUGGCCAAAGCCAUGGAGAAGAACACACACGUCAAGAAGUUCAGCAUGGCAGCAACACGGAGUAACGACCCGGUUGCUGUGGCAUUCAGUGACAUGCUGCGAGUGAACAAGACUUUGCGAGGUUUGAACUUGGAGUCCAAUUUCAUCACUGGAGCAGGAGUGCAGGCUUUGGUUGACGCGUUGCGAGACAACGACACGCUCACAGAGAUCAAGAUAGACAACCAGAGGCAGCAGCUGGGUACCAACGUUGAGAUGGAGAUAGCGAAAAUGUUGGAAGAGAACAACAGCAUAGUGAAGUUUGGCUACCACUUUGCACAGCAAGGACCUCGCUCUAGAGCUGCUGCAGCUAUCACCAAGAACAACGACCUAGUGCGCAGGAGACGAGUGGAAGGAGACCUGUAGAGAUGGCGCCCAACGCGUCUCCCAGCCAAUCCUGUCGUUUCAUCUCACCACGUGGAAUUAUUUCAGCCAAUGCCCUGCUCUCAUCUCACUGUGUGGAAACUUAAGUCUUGUGCCAAAAUGUGGGGCAAGGCGCACUCAACCAGAACAUACAUCCGAGAAGAAGGGAAAUAACUGGAAUCGCCCUCUCCGAUACACAUGUUCAUAUCUAUGUUUAUUAUUAUGUUGUUAUUGAAGGUGUAAAUCUGAUUAGUUUUUAGUCAUUUCAUUUCAGCUGCUCCUUUUUUUUGAGCCUUUGUAUGAUCUGUCCAGACUUUUUACCUACCUUUUCCUUUUAUACUAUGCUAUAAUCCAGUGAAAAUUACAUAAACAUGACCAAGUAACAGAAACAACAGUAACAGCUUUGUAGAAACAGUAACUAACAUGGAGAAGCUGUAUUCUCUGCCAUGAUAAUUUGAGGCCUGAGCUUCCAGUGGAGUUCCUUCAUUGAACAAGCAGAUGAUGGGGCUAGCGUACAGGUUGGUUGAGACUUAGCCUUGACUACUUGCCAGCAAACCUGCUCUGACUGUAAGGUGACACAAGCAUUCGUAAGGUAACAUAGUUUACCAUGUAAUAAUCCACUAAUUCUUGGUUCUUAUGUUGCUGAUCAGACCACUGCUAUACAUUCCAUCUGCAUGGUGGUGGCUCACAGGUGUUGUUUAUGCGAGUUGCCUUGUAAAAGCCUUGUGUGUAACGGUUAACUGCGUGCUGACCUCAUGCUGCAGUCAGCCAAACAGCAGAUGUUGGCUCACGCCCUUUGUAUCAAUGUAAUACUCUUAGUAUCAAUGCAAAAUCUUUUAUAUUACUCAACUGUCUUAUUCCAACUGAAGAUCUUGUCUUUGUACGGUUUAAAUUCUGAUGUUUAUUCUGAUCGUUUAUAUCCCUUAACAGGAAAUUAUAAGUAGGUUUCAAAUAAAAGUGGGAUUGUCCCGUGAAAUGAACAUUAAGUAGCACUGAGGUUAUUAACCUCUGUCUAGAAUGAAGGAGCUUUGAUCUGGAUCUGCUCUUACACGUGAUGUCGUGGGUGUUCUGCUCAACACGCUUGGUUACUCUGUGCUUAAUCAUGCCAAAGACUAACAAAUGCAGAACUUAAAGUAUCAAUAUUAAACUUUAAGGGUUGUUGGUUCAGGUUUUGACUUUGUCUGCUUCCUUGCAGUGCAGAUCCGGGAAAGAGAAAUCUGGAGGUCAACAACGAUAAUCUAGAAUUUUUUUUAUUAUUAUUAAAGAUCAUGCCAUUAAAAUUUAUUUUUCAUGUUUUUUCUCGGUUCCAUUUAUUGAAAAAUGUUCGGCAAGUCGUUCAGUGAGAUGUGAGGAAGAGUCGGCAAACAGGUUGUGUGAGACUUCUCAGGUUGCCACUAACUUGUGAAAUGUUUCUGUGAGCUACAUCUCCCAGUUAGAAAGUCUUGUACAGAUUGUAAAUGUUACUUUUCUCCACUCCCUCACACAAACACUUUUCACUUGGAUCUCAGCAGCAUCUCGGCAGUAGCAUGUCAUUCGUUGUGUGACAGGUGACGACAUGCUAUGUGUGCCUCAAGCUCAACUUCCAGAGGUACUCUCACCUGCUUGAGAUGGCUGUGACAGGACUUAUUCAGGCGUUACUUGAAACUUGUAUAUACUGUUUAUGUGUUAUAGGAGCAAUAUACUGGCAUGAAGUCCUCACUUGUGAACAUCAUGUUUCUGUUGACCAAAAACGCUCUUUCAUCUUAACAGCCUUACAUUCCUUGGACAAGAGCUGUAUGGCUGAGUUCAGUACUUUGGGGUUUUAUAUCUGCGUGCUUCUGCCACAUCAUAUCUGUCAUAUCUGCUAGUAUUUCUUCUUGGAACUUUUUGCUUUUGUUUUCUUUCACUACUGUGCUUUGCUGGUGGAUAGCUAAAGUGGAAAACUGCUUCUUUGCUUGGGCUUGUUCAGAAUAUUCUGUGAUUCAUAAUACUGUAUGUAUAUUAACUGUAAAAUACCAUCUCAAAAAUGUGUGUACCACAUAAAUCUACACAAUGCAUUGCAGAGAUUUUUUUUUUUUUUACUUCUUUAAAUCAAAACCCAGGUGUAUACUCAACUUAAGGAAUAUGUACUAUUAUAAAACCACAAGACUGGUAAAACGCACUGCUGAAUAUAAAACAUCCUCAACAAUAAAUGUUUUUACAUACUCUA